UUUAUUCUUGAAGAGUUGAGGAGGGAAGAACUUUGUUUUGUGCAGACGCUAGAGAGAGGAGAAAAAUUGCUUGACCAAAUGCUAAUGGGUGCAUUGUCUAAUGCUGAAGAACAUGGAACUACCCCCUUGCUUGUCUGGAAAAGAUGCUUUUCUUUUAUAUGACACAUAUGGAUUUCCUGUGGAGAUAACAACAGAAGUUGCUCAAGAACGUGGUGUCACUAUAGAUAGGAAGGUGGUUGAAAGCCUCCUGGUAAAAGGAAAGCCUGUGAUACAUGUUUCUGAAGGAAGUGAUCUUGAGGUUCUGCUGGAUAGGACACCAUUUUAUGCAGAGUCAGGUGGUCAAAUUGGAGAUCAUGGUUUUCUUUAUGGGACUGUCAGAGAUGGGGUUCUAGAAGUUGGGAAAGAAGUAGAAGCUACCAUAGAUGUAAAAUUAAGGCAGUGGGCUAAGGUUCAUCAUACUGCUACCCAUUUGUUACAAACUACACUUAAGAAAGUAAUUAGCCAGGAGAUAUCCCAAGCAGGUUCAUUGGUGGCUUUUGACCGUCUCAGGUUCGAUUUCAACUUCCACCGAGCUGUUCAUGAUGAUGAGCUCCAAGAGAUUGAAGAACUAAUCAAUCAAUGGAUUGGGGAUUCAACACUUCUUCAGACAAAAGUGAUGCCUGUUGCAGAUGAAAAAGAAGCUGGUGCUAUUGCAAUGUUUGGGGAAAAAUAUGGUGAGAAAGUUCGUGUUGUGGAGGUUCCAGGUGUGUCCAUGGAACUUUGUGGUGGAACGCAUGUCAGCAAUACUUCUGAAAUAUGUGUCUUUAAAAUAAUCUCAGAGAAGGGGAUUGCAUCUGGAAUCAGGCGUAUAGAAGCUGUUGCUGGGGAAGCAUUCAUUGAAUAUAUCAAUAGCAGGGAUUCCCACAUGAAGAACCUAUGCUCCAUCCUCAAAGUCAAAGCCGAAGAAGUAAAAACCAGGGUAGCAAAUCUCAUGGAGGAGCUAUGAAUGGCAAGAAACGAAGUCUCUGCCUUGCGUGAAAAAGUUGCAGCCUAUAAAGCAUCAAUUAUUGCAAGAAAGGCCUUCCCAGUGGGAACCUCAAAGAAGAUAAGGUCGGGCUUCUUCAUUUCCAUAUGUCUUUUUGUUUACUUGUUGCAUUUCUUUUCAGUUCCAAGGAACUCUUACCUUCAAGUGCUAAUGAGAGUUGAUAGUUUUCUUUUCGUCUUACACUUGAAGUUGAUAAAAAAAGUUCCACUUG